CCACCUGCUGAUAGUUGGGGCUAACACAAUUUCCCCCAAACAGAAAAUGGCCGGCCAAGAAGAUCCUGUGCAGAGGGAGAUCCACCAAGACUGGGCAAAUCGAGAAUACAUUGAGGUUAUCACGAGCAGUAUAAAGAAAAUAGCAGAUUUCCUAAAUUCCUUUGAUAUGUCCUGCCGGUCUCGUUUGGCCACCCUAAAUGAAAAGCUGACGGCGUUAGAGAGGAGAAUUGAGUACAUUGAAGCAAGGGUCACAAAAGGAGAGACCUUGACCUAAACCAAGAUAGUAUGCUGGACUGGAUGCUGCACUUUGGCUGAGGAUAGAAUACUACAUUUGUGACCAAUUCCAUAUUUGCCCUUUUUUUAAAUAUAAACUACGCAUUUUUUUUUUUUUUUUACUUAUUUGUUCUGUGGGACCACAAAAAAAGCAUUUUCAUACUAUGUGUAUUUUAUGACCAUAGCUACUGGGUGGUGAUGGUAAUACCACAGCAUCUCCCACAAUGUUAUAAUCGAGACUCAGUUAAUGCUAUCUUGUAUUUAUGUUAUCAUGGACCAACAUAACUUGUUCAUUGAUUUGAUUUGCACAAGUACAUGAAGAACUUCCUAAUAGGGGAAAGUGUUUUUUAGACACUUCUUUGUAACCAGGUUAAAUCAAAAGUGACUAUGUGAAUGAGUGUCCCACACCUAUGGAGAUUUCACAGCACAUGCAUUGCAGAAAUAUACUUCCCAUUAGGCUGAACCAGGAUGAUUUGAACCACAGGAAGAGGAAGUGCCAAAAUGAAUAGUCAGCUCUUUUGCUGUGGUCAUUAUGCUUAUCCAUAUAUUUGUUAUAUAUUUCGCUGCUUGUAAUUGUUUUACUUUAGUGUUAACAUGUAAUAAAUAACCUGUUUUAAAAGUAA